GGCGCCGACGGCCGAGAGGGCUCAGGGCUCGAGGUCGGUUCCCCGCGACUCGUUCCUCGGGGUCACGGCGGAGGCGGAGGCGAGGAGAUGAGCAGCAUGGAUGGCAUGGAGCCUCAGAGCCCCAGCCAGGGGUGGGAUGACCCUACGUCCCCCCCCCCACAUGACCCAGGCUCUCCCAGCUCCCGAGAUUCCCUCAGCCGAGACAACCCCUCCAGCCCCCCCAACCCAGGGAGUCCGAGGGGUCCCACGAGCCCCGAUGGGCCCAUGAGCCCUGAUGAGGAAGAGGAGGAGGGCCCCAUGAGUCCUGAUGGCCCGGCCAGUCCCGACAACUCGGCCAGUCCCGAGGGCCCCAUGAGCCCUGACAACCCUGCCGGCCCCAUGAGUCCUGAGAACGCCGCAGGCCCCAUGAGUCCAGAGAACCCUGCCAGCCCCAAGGGCCCCAUGAGUCCAGAUAAUCCAGCAAGUCCAGAAGGCUCAGACUACCCGAUGAGUCCCAGCCAUUCACGAGAAUUGAGUCCGAAGCGCCCCCACAGUCCUGAGGGUCCGGCCAGCCCUGAUGACCCUGCCAGCCCCGACCCCCAGGAGAGCUCUCGCGAGGGAGGCCCCCGAACGCCCCAGAGUCCAGGCAGUCCUCGGGGCCCCAGAAGCCCUGGCGACCAGUCCAGCCUGGAGAGUCCUGACAGCCCAGACAACUUUGCCAGUUCGCCCGUCCCAUCCAACCCCAAGUCGCCUCCAGAGGCAGGAGAGGAUGACGACGACGACGAGGAAGGCCAGGCAGACAGACUCUCCGAAAUCUCGGAAGGAGAUUCUGCGCUGAAUGGAGAAGAGGAGGAUGGCAGUGAUGGCGAGAGUGCCCCAGCCAGGGACGAUCGGCCUGGUAGGGGGCAGAACCUCAAUGGCAGCGAGAGGGACCUGGACGAAGGUGGGCGGGCCUCCAAGCGCCGCAGUGAUGAGGGUCUCGGUCUCAAGGACGAGUUAGACUUCGAGGCAGAGAGAGAGAGUGGGGAAGAGGAUGGAGAGGAGGGAGAAGAAGGAGAAGAUGGAGAGAAAAAGAAGAAGAAAUGCGACCCUGAAAACCGCGAAGAAGGAGAGCUGUCGGAUGAAGAUGAAGACGAUUCCCUCCUGCGGCAAGAACCCAAGACUGUCUGCAGAUUCUUCAACAAGGGCCAGUGCACUUGGGGCACUAACUGCCGCUUUCUCCACCCCGGCGUGUCUGACAAGGGCAACUACAACAUGUUCGCACCGGCCAAGCCCCAGAACUCCAACGACAAGGAAGAGGACAGUUCGGAGAGAGAGCGGCCAAGAGAAAUCCGGAGAUUUAUUCCCGAACCUUCGCCAUUUGAGUCGGCUUGGGAGCGGGGGCUGCGGUAUGCCAAGGAGAUGAUGAAGCGAGCCAAUAAACGCAAGGAGACAGACGCAGAUUUUGAGGAGAAGCGCUUCAACCUGAGCUUGGGUCAGGCAGAACUUGACAGAGAAAACGACUACUACACCCGACCUGCAUCACCUGUCUACAAGCCGGACGAGGUCAUUGACCAAUACCUUGACCCCUUCGAGAAGCAGGCCAUACGCCACUUCAGAGGAGGUCACUUUGAGAACUUUGAGGUCCGGUACCACGUUGACCCCAGCUACAACAACAUGAGGGGCCACGAGAGGUCGCGCAGGGAGAAGUAUGAGCGGGAAGUGUCUGAGAGAGUUCACCGCAGACCUAGAACGGCUUCAGGGGGCGAUGAAAGGUACGUCCGAGGCCGAGUGUGGCAGGACGACCGCUACAUGGAGGUGAUGUCGUCCGGGGGGGGCACGCGGGGAGAGGCCGAGGCGUGGGCCGACCCCUGGGCCAGGCGCAAGACUCCCCCCCGCUCCUCAAGAAAAAAGAAAACCUCGCGCACCAGAAGCUAUUCCUCAGGCUCGUCUUCACAUUCCUCGUCAAGGAGUUCCCGGUCUUCGUCAUACAGUAGUCGCAGAAGCAGCAGAAGUGGAAGCAAAAGCAGUCGCACAAGUCUGCCCAGCAGGAGCAGCAGAUCGCGUUCCUCCUCACACUCUCCGUCUCCGGGCCGGCGGAGGGGGAACCAUAGGCUGGCUCCAGGCUCCAGGGCUAGUGAUAAGUCUGGCAUGAGACAGCUCCCAGUGGGAGGGAGGGGAGGAGGGAGACCCCCCAUGGGCCCCACCGGACCCCACAACAGACCACCUUCUCCCCGCAGAGCAGAACCCAGGGACCCCAGGCCACCCAUCCCCAGGAGGCCCAAAGAAAGACCGGACGUGGCAGACAGGGCGCUUGCACCGCGCAGACCUGAACCCAGACCUAACAAGAUGGACCCCAAAGAGAGACCGCUGCCUCCACUACCACAGCGACAAGAACCUAAAUCUUCUGCGAUCGCUGCUAGGGAGAGACCUCAGCCUCCUCCUCCGCUGCAGCGACAGGAGCCUAAGCCUUCAAAGAUGCCGCCAAGGGAGAGAGUCGACCGGUUUGGCCGCAUCCGGAAGGACAGCAACCAGAGCUACUCCAGAUCCCGGUCACGAUCAGGGUCACGGCCAAGAGGAAGACCUGGAAGAACGUUCUCGUCCAGUCGCUCCAGGUCUCGGUCAGGCUCGCGAUCCAGCUCAGCCUCGUCAAGGUCCGUCUCGAGAGGGCGCUCCAUUUCAAGGUCAAGGUCGCGUUCAAGGUCCAGCUUCUCCCGCAGCAGCUCUGCCUCCAGUGUGGGGAGCAGGCGUAGAGGAGAGAAGAGGAGGAUGACCCAAGGGACGGUGUCGUACGGCCAGGCCAAGAGCAAGGCCAUGGACCCCAUGAAGCUCUCAGGACAGAAGCAGCAGAUCAAGCUGACGCUGAAGGGGUCGGCCAUGAGGCGCCUGGAUAAGCCGGUGCUGCCCCAGGAAGACGACAGCGGCGAGUCGGACACGGACGGAAAGGUCAUCCGCAAGCGCAAGCCCGAGAGCCCGCCCCCAGAGCCACCCCCACAGAAGGUCGUGGUACGUAGCCCCCCGGCCCCCAUGCCUGCUGCCCCCCCGCAGGCCAAGAAGCCCCAAGCCAAUCGAAGGGAGGAACUACUCAAACAGCUCCGUGCGGUUGAAGAUGCAAUCGCUCGGAAAAGAACAAAAUUGCCAACCUAGUAUUUUUAGGUACAUGUUAAUUAUCAUGUAAGGUAAGCAGAAAUAAGACCUUAUUUAUAGUGCGUGACUUGGAGCGAGUGCAGUGCUCCAGGCGAGAGGCCGAGGGGAGAGCAGCACAAGGACGGGGCUUCACUCAGGGCUGCCCUGGCCGACCGCAAGCCCAGCUCAAGGUACCAGACUCUGCAAUCUGCGCUCAGGGAAGCAGAACGGGGGCAGGGUGGCCGUCUAGUGCCUGCGUCAUCAUUGGCUGGCCCAGAUAGCUUCUCCCUCGCCCCCUCCCUACCUCCUUUGCUCUCUCCCCUUCCUCCCUGCUCUUAUGCGCUUGGAGUGGAACUUGUGGCUCAGAAAAAGAGGAGCAGCUCAGCCCAGAGAAGAAAAGGAUGAGGAAGAGGUGACCGUUUUGUUGCAUAAUCUGUGGAAAAGGUGGAAUGAAAAUAAGGAAAAUGGACGGUGAUUACACUUCAGUGGCAGAGAAGUGACAGCUAUAGCAAUCUGUGUCUUUGGAAAGUGAAAUGAAUUGCAGAUGCUUGCAAAGCAGAUUUUUUCUAUUCUUAUCUUUUCUUUUGUUUCCCAACAAUUUGUAUAUGUGAUUUUUUAUUUUUGUUUCUAAUUUAUACCAUUUCCAAUUAGGGAGCCGGGAGUUGAUAUCUUUUCCAAGGUUUAUACAACUUCUACAUUCUCGCUCAUGUUGUGUUCCCUCAUGUAUAUAAGUAGGCCUAGCCAUAAAGACUGGAACAUUUAUUGCAUUUUGAAUUUCUCCUGUUGCUGGUAAAUACAGUGAAUAUGGAUUUUAUAAGAGAAAUUGUUGCUGCAAUUUAGCAAGUUACCAGAAAUAUGGAUUCUGCUGCAGAACAUCAUGACGCUUUCGGUUGAUUCUCCCCGUGAAUCAAGUGUCGGGAGGAGCCCAGAUGGUGGAGGCAUUACUGUGCAAUUUGAUCACACUUAUUGUUGCAAAAUGUAAUGAGUUUGAAGUUGCCUUGUCUGUUUGGCCCAGAGAGAGACAAGCAAGAGUUCCUUGGAGAAAGGCUUUUCAAAAUGUGCUUGAUGGCCUUCGUACAUGCAUGGGCCUUUAUUACGAUUGUAAUUAAUACUAUAUAUACUGUCAUAAUUAUUGUUCCUGUUUUAUUUUUUUCACUUUUAUUAGUAUUAUAUAUCUAUAUUUAUUGACUGACUAGAAUGCAGAGUACUUCAGUAUCCAGAUAGCAAUACUAAACAAUUACUGAAAGCUGUACUAAGUUGAGUAUUUUUUGAAGUCUCCAAGGAAAUAUGUAUGUAAAAAAAAAAUAUAUAUGUGCAUAUGGAGAACCUGCAGUUUGUUAUUCAAACCAGAAAUAUGAGUAUUACAGUGUUGCUCAAAGGUGUGCAGGAAUUUGUUUUAUAUUUCUCCCAGUUUGCAACUUUUUCAUCCUCCUCCUAUCCUAACCCUCUGUUUGAGUCUUUCUAUGUCUCUUCUCACCUCCUCCUCUACAUUUUUCAUCUUCCUCCAUCUUCUUCUUCCCAUUCUCUUCCUUCCUUGCUCCUAAUUUGUAGGAAUAAAACUUCAUGAAAGGUUUCACAAAGCCCAUGUCUGCCAGGACGUGACAUUCAUCAACCUGAUCAUUUCCCACACUUCUUUGGAGAGAGUCCGACGUGCAGUUGAGGGAGAUCUUACGGUUUUGCUCUUGCUUUUGAUUGACCAGUUGUAGAUGUGCUUGAAAGUUGUUUAUUAUCUGUUAAUUUUAGUAACCCUUUUUUGAAAUAAAAAGAUAAAGAGUUUUUCUUGAGCUGUUGGUUUCCGCUGCAUUUUAACAAACCCUCUGGUUUCCAGGAGUGUGAAUGUGGCAUCUUCAGAAUGCACUGUCUGAUGAAGAGAUGGUGUUAACAGGGCAAUAGGCCUUGGCUGUAAAAGUGUGUAUUAUCUGUAAAAUCUUCCUUUGUUGUAUGACUUUAAGUAUUUUCAUGUGAACUCAAACAUUAUAAAUGCUUGAAUCCUACAUAUGUGACAGUUGAAAGUUAAGUAUGGAUAUUUUAUUUCCGUCAUAAUGUUACUGGUGUUUUCGUUUUGAUGUGUCAUAAUAGAAAGGAAUGUUCUCUACACGUCACAAAGAAAGAAUGAAUUCAUGAAGUUUCUGACCGUAUAAUCAGCUUGGUCUGGAAACACCUGUUUGCACGAGUGAGUAACAGGCAAUACAUGGGUUUGUUUUCUCACGGGAAAAUUCCCAAAUAGAAAGUAGAACAUUAAUGGACGAGCCACAACAGUCAUAUCAACUAUUGAAGUUGUAAAAAUCCAAUGGUAAUGUAAAAUUUGUAGGAUACUCCAAUAGUAUUUACUUCUUUACAGAUUCUUUUUGGAUAUAAUUACAAAAUUGCUGUUUGUUUUGUGACAUGAUAUCGUAAGAGCAGCCUUGUGUGUCCUCCCUUCCCCUGCAUCAUAUUCACACGAAGGCGAGCGCUGCUGCUGCUCUCGGCUACCUGCACGAGUGCGGCGAGCAUGCGCGCCAGCGGAAGUACCAAGGUGUCUCCCACGCUGAGAGGAAUCAUGACUUGUAUACAUAUUUCUAGCUGAGAGUAUGUAGUCACUAUCAUAAUCCAUAGUCAUCAAGUUAUUACCUAUUGCAGCUCCAGAGUUGUAUGUGUUUCUGCUCUCCAUGGCAGAGCACUUGUCAGAGACGUUCAAAACCUACAAUAAAAUCUAAUUUCUGUAUUUCAUAUGGCAGUAAAAAGUUUCCAGUGGAAAUAAA